UAACACAUCACUAGCGUUGGUUUUUGUUGCAUACAAGAGACGGAUGGGCUUCCGUAAAAUAUAAAAGAAUACAAGUUAUUUAGGCUUUAGUUCAAUGUAUUUAAACAAUUCAAGCUCUUCUUUUCUUAUACGUUGUGCUAGUUUUGAAAUUUUACCGAUCGUGUGCGAUGGGUGCUCAGUGAAAGUGAAGCUGCAGGCCUUACCAUAUUCAUGUCCGCGGCAGCCGCAGCAACAACAAAAGCGAAACGAAAGAAAAGUGAAAUUUGAGCAAAAGGAAUAGCGCAUGCUAGUCUAGAAAUAACAAAGAAAUGGAAAAUUCGAAGAUAAGCGAAAAGCUAUUCGAGGAUGUGAUCUAUUAUGUGCUCGGCAGCCUGGAUGAUGAGAGCGAGCGCUUGCUUAAGAACGGCGGCGCACAAUCGAAGCUUUUCCUCUCCGACCAAAUCACGCAUUUGAUAUGUGCCAGCAACUACUCCGAGGAGGAGCUGUCCAUGAAUCUGGACCUCUACAAUGUGAUACCUGUGAUCGAGCAAUGGAUAUUGCACAGCGUCAAGCUGGGUCGCAUGGCCUCGACGCGUGCCUUCGAUCCCAGCCAGCCGCGUUUAAUGCGCGGCAUACGGGCAGCUAUUACGAACGUGGUGCCCAGCGAUCGGAGGCGUCUCUAUGCUAUGCUGACCUUCCACGGAGCCGUUGUCACCAACACGUAUGGGGCGACUAAUACGCAUCUGGUAUGCGGCGCCGCCACUGGGACCAUUUACAAUAAAGCGCUGGCGCUGCCCAAGAAUGCGAUGAAUAUCGUUACGCCCGAUUGGGUCACCGAUUGUAUCAAAUGCAAGAGCUGCCUGCCCUGCGAGCCCUAUCAUCCCAGAUUGCUGAAACCAAUCGAGAAACAACGUGCGCAAAAGCAGCAGCAGCAACAAAAUCUUCAGCAACAGCAGCAACAACAACAGCAGCAACAACAACAACAACAGCAGCAACAACAACAGCAAAUGCAGCUGAUGCAGCAACAGGACCAACAACAGCAGCAGCAACUUCUACUUCAGCAGCAGCAACAACAGCAACAGCCACGUCUGCCUACCACGCCCACCAUGCCCCAACCAUCCAUGCCCAGUGGACGCCAAACACCGCGCACGCCUCAGCCUGCAACAACACCGCAGCCCGUGCAGUCGCCGCAGCAACAGGUGGCACAACAGCAACAGGUACCUCAACAUCAGCAACAGUCGGUGCCCGUCUCGCCGCAAGCUCUGCAUCAGCACAUUAUGAAACAGCAGCAGAUGCUGCAGCAGCAGCAAAUGCAACUGCAUCAACAUGUUCAAAAUGGCCAAAGCCUGACAUCACAGCAACAGGCGCUGCAACGGCAGAUACAGCAGCAGCAACAGCAACUGUUGCAACAGCAGCAGCAGCUGCAAAUACAAAUGCAGCAAAUGCAACAGCAGCAACAACAACAACAACAGCAGCAGCAACAACAGCCACAGCAGCAGCAAUCACCACGAUUGGUCCAAAAUCGUUCGCCAGUCAUGCCACCCGGCACACCAUCACCUUCGCUGCAGCAGCAACAGCACUUGAGCAACAUGUUGCCGCCUCAGUCGCCGCGACAACUGCAGUCGCCCGCGCCACAAAUGACGCCGCCACCGCCACCCUCGCCACAAAGUGCGCAGCAGCAUUUGCGUCAGCAACAACAACAAUUGCAACAGAGCCGCCAGCAGCAACAACACAUGAUGGGCAGUCCGCAGCAACAGCCGACACCAACAUCCAUGAUGUCACCGCAACAGCAGCCGUUCCAGCAACCUGUGCAUCAGCAGCAACGUAUGCAACUGCAGCAGCAACAGCAACAACAGCAGCUUGCACAACAGCAACAACAGAGUCCGCAGCACAUCUCAGCGCCGCAAUCACCGCAGAUAUCACAAACACCGCCCAUGGCCAACAAGCAACAACAGCAGGCAGCACAGCAUCAGCAGCAGCAACAACAACAGCAAUCAUUUGUCCAGCCCAUCGAUCCAACAGAUCCGGUGCAAGUGGCUCAAGUGCUCAGUCGUUCGACGCUUUCAAGCAAUCAGGACUCGCUGAUAAUGCGGCAGCAGCAGCUGAAGCAACAGCAGUUACAGCAACAGCAGCAGCAACAACAGCAACAAAUGCCUACACAACAACAUACACCCUCGCCCCGACAAUCACCACUGCAUCAGCAACAAGCAACGCAACAGCAGCAACAACAACAACCAGAGAGGCCGUUACAGCAACUGCAAGCUCAACAGCAGCAACCGCAGCAAAUAUCACAACAACUCGCCUCUGGACAACAGCAGCAGCAACAGCAACAGCAGCAAGUCAUCACCCAACGACACGUGAUAAACACUUCCACCGCACAGGGACAACAGAUAAUUCAGAGUCACAUGAUGAGUAUACAGCAACAGCAGCAGAAGCAGCAGCAAAUGUUGCAGUUGCAGCAGCAACAACAACAACAACAACAGCAGCAGCAACAGCAACAUCAAAUGAUACCUCAGCAGCAACAGCAGGCACAACAGCAGCAAUUGCCACAGCAACAGCAGCUGCAACCACAGCCGCAGCAGCAGCAGCAACAACAACAAGUGCAGUUUACGCAACAGCAAAAUAUUGCGCUUGGCAGUGGCGGUCAGGUGCGAAUUAUACAACAAACGAUACAGCCACCGCAACAGCAGCAACAGUUGUUGGGGCAACAGUUUCCGCAGCAGCCACAGCAGCAACAACAGCAGCAAGUGCUGACGCAGCAGCCGCAACAACACCCACUGCAACAACAACAACAACAGCAGCAGCAACAACAACAACAACCCAUGCAAACCAAAAAGUUUAUCAUAAGUCAACAGCAGUUCAGCCAGCUCAGCGCACAGCAGCAGCAGCAGAUUUUGGCACAGAAUCAACAAAACCAAAAUGUGUUCAUUGUAAACUCCACGAAUCUGUCGCAGCAACAACAGCAGCAGCAGCAACAGCUUGUGCAGCAACGACAACUAUUGCAGCAACAGCAACUGCUCACACAGCAGCAACAACAGCAACGGCUGCAAAUGCAACAGCAGCAGCAGCAGGCGCCACAACAGCAACAACAAAUUGUGAUCAAUCAGCAAGUCAUCAGCGAUCCACAGCGCUUGCAAUAUUUACAGCAACAGCAAUUGCUACAGCAGAAACAGCAGCAGGCGCAGCAACAACAGCAACAACUUGUCGGACCACCACAGCAACAGCAGCAAAUACUUAUACAACAGCAACAGCCAGUGUCACAACAGCAACAGCAGCAGCAGCCUGCUCAGCAGAUCAUGCAGCAAGUACUUAUUAAGCAGCAGCAUCUGCCACAGCGCACGCCACCGCCACAAUCGCCACAGCAACAGCAGCAGCAGCAGCAGCUGAUGUUGCAGCAGCAAUCGCCUCAGCAUCACACGCAACUGCAACAGCAGCAGCCCCAUUGGUCGCCGCAAAGCCCUGUGACAAAUCAGUUGGCGCCCACCACACCAGGCACGCCCACCACGAGCAUGGGCAUGCAGUCGCCCUUGCCGGGCACACCCACCACGCCCCAGCAACAAGCGCCGCAAUUUGCGCCGCGCGGUCUGCGCCCACAGACGCCCUGGACCGCACAGCAGCAGCAGCAGCAACAACAACAGCAGCAAUCGCAACAACCGCAGCAGCAGCAACAACAGCUUGUGCUGCCACCGCCGCAACAACAGCAGCAGCAGCGCCAACUGAUCCAAUUGGACGAGAAGAUGCAUGCGCACUUCAUGUCGCUGGAUGCGCACAAACGUGCCGAAUACAUAACGAAACUGAAUCAGAGCAAGCCACGUGUCAUGCUGCGCCAGCAGGUGGCCUACCAGCCGCGUCCAGGCGCACCGGGCAGCGUGGUGGCAACACGUGCACAGGGCCCAGUGCCGGUGCCGGGGCCAGGCACUUCGCACAUUAUUGUGCAGAGUCAAAUGCCAGGCGGACUCACGCAGCAGGAGCAAAUGUUGUGGCUGCAGCAGCAGGGCACGCGUCAGGUGGUGGUGCGUGCUAGUGGUGCGCCCGGUCUGAGUCCGAUUACGCAGCAACAACAGCAGCAGCAACCGCCGGGUGGUGGCCAGCAACAACAGCAACAACUACCUCAGCAACAGCAACAGUUCAAUCCCAAUGAUCCUAAUCAGCAAAUGUUGUUGCAGCGCCAACAGCUGCGCGUGCAGCAAAUUCCCAUGCAAGCGGCGCCGGCGCCUCAGCUGGGCAAGCAGACGGUGCAGUUGAUACCCGGACCCAAUGGCCAGCUUAUUGAGCAGCAAACCAUUGUGCAGCAGCAGAGCCAACAGCAGCAGCAGCCGCCCACACCGGGCACACCCACGACGCCUGGUACAGGCGUCGUUGUAGGCGGUGCGCCAGGAGGCAAUAUAAUGACACAGACAUUGGUCAUGUCAGCAACAGCUCCUGAUGGUCAGCAACAACAGCAACAGACGCCGCAACAGAUGAACCUGAAGACGAAGACGGCGUUGGCCAAUAUGCUGAGCAAUCGCCUGGGCAACAAUGGACAACAGGCGCCGGCACAACAACAGCAACUCAUUUCCAUGAGCGAUGUACAGCAGCAACAGCAGCAGCAGCAACAACAACAGCAGCAGCAGAUUGUACAACAAGUUGUUGUCAGCGGCGGCACACCACAACAGCAGCAGCAGCAGCAACAACAAUUGCUACUGCAACAGCAGCAGCAACAACAGCUAGUUGUGGCACAGCAGCAACAGCUGCCGUCUGGAGCGCAGCAACAUGUGGAGACACCAUCGGCAGCUGGCACCUUACGCAUGAUGGGACAACAGCAUAAUGCUGCUGUGGGCGUGCCCGGCCAGCCGCGCACACCGCAGGAGCUGCUGAUGCUGCAGCAACAACAGCAGCAACAACAACAGCAGCAGCAGCAGCAGCAACAACAACAGCAAUUGCUGCAACAGCAUCCACAACAAAUGCGACGAGUUGUCGGCGUGUCACAGCAACAGUUGCCGCAACAACAUCUCGUGCAGCAACAAAUUGUGGUUGCACCGCCCAACAUGCAGCAACAACAGCUGCCAGUGGGCGUGCCCGUACAGGUGGCCGGCGGACCACCGCACGUCUACAUGCAGGUGCGUCCCGGCCAGCCGCCCAUUCCGAUGCCACCGCGUCCCCAGUUCUAUGGCCAUAAUCCGAACUUGAAGCUACCCCCGGAUUUGUUCCUGGUCGGCUGCACCUUCUACAUCGUGGAAUACGACGAGACGGACAGCGAUGAGCUGCCCAUCUGGCUGGACACCAUUCGACAGUUUGGCGGGGACAUCGAGCGCGUCUAUUGCGCCCGCGUCACCCACGUCAUCUGCCGCACCCAGCGCCAUGGCAUGGUGAUGCAGGCGCUGCGGGAUGCCAAGCGCUGUGUGACCGCCUACUGGCUGAGCGAUAUCUGCCUGAAGCGACAGCUGACGCCGCCCUGGCAGCCCCUGCAUCUGCCCUUCCCCAGUCAGUUUGGCUAUCGCAAGCCGCUGGAGCGCUACAUCAUCACCUCGGAGGGUUUCGAAGGCGAAGAGGUGGUGCGAUUGCAACAGAUGGCCGAGGAGUGUGGCGCCAUUUACACCUCCUAUCUGUCCAAGGUGAACACGCUCGUCGUCUGCAAGCAGCUGGAGGGCAACAAAUACAAUGCGGCCAAAGAGUGGAACAUUCCGAUGGUGAAUGCCCUCUGGCUGAGCGAUGUCUGCAUCGGCAAUCUGAGUGGGUUGACCCAGUACGAGAAUCCCAAGUAUCAGCAGUACAAUCUGGCCGCACCAUUCCGCAUUGAAUGCAAUCUGGUGCAGCAUUUGCUAGCCGCUUGGAAGGCGCCCAUUAAUCUGACCCAGGAGGCGCAUGAGCGCGUCAAGCGUCAUCUUUCCGAUCCGUAUGCCAACGAGCAGAAGCUGAAACGCCAGAAAUUGUGCGUCUACCAAGAGCAUCUGCCCGAGCAAAUUGUUUGCAUUGAAUAUCCGCAGACAACCAAGCCGCCCAAGGUCAUCUUCUCACAGGUCGCCGAUGCGGAGGCGCUGAAGAAGGCUGUCGAGCUGCUGGGCGGCAUUGUGGUGGACAGUCCGACGGAUGCAACACACUUGGUCAUGACACGCGAGAGUCGCACCUGCAAGUUGAUUCAGGCCUGUUGCCACGUUGACUACGUGCUCAAGUCCACCUGGCUGAUAGAUAGCGCAAAGGCCGGCAAAUUUGUGCCGCCUGACGAGUAUCGCAUUCGCCACAUACCCGUCGAUGAGAACUUGCAGUUCGAUUUGGAUGCGGUUCUCUGUGCGCCGACACGUUCCACACUCUUUGCGGGCAAAUACUUCUAUGUGACGCCGGAUGUAUUUCCGGCACGUGAUGAAAUCAUACGCAUGAUCGAAUCAUCUGGCGGCAAAGUGGAGCUAAAACGGCGCAGCGGUGCGGCUGUCGCUGAGGCGCAUGUGCAAGCGCCCGACUCAUAUAUCAUAGUUACCUGCCCAACGGAUAUGCAUUUGUGCGCGGAUCUGACGCGUCAUGGCAAUCCCAAGUGCCAUAUUGUCUCCACGGAGUUUGUGAUGAGCUCCAUACUGCGGCAGCAGCUGGAAAUCGAACCCAACUUGAUCCCUUAUCUGUACAACAACAAYAUUUCCAACAGCAGCAACAACAACAAAUCCUAGCGACAAGCUGUCUUCGUUUAUUUCCUGCUAACAGCUUGAUCCACCUCUUAACCCAAACAUCAUCAAUGAACCCACAUUUUCAUCGAGCCUGUGAGCUGUGAAUGCGAAUCUAGUCCUCUGAUUGCGUCAAUACUGAUGAAAAUUGGGCACGAAUCGUUUAGAUUUACAUAUAUCACCAUAUAUAUAUAUUUAUAUAUAUAUAUAGCAUGGAUCGUUAUCAAGACAAAUUGAUAAAAACUCUGCUUGUUUCUUGUAAGCACCUCAAACUCAAACGCUGAUGGCAGUUCAGCUGCGAAUCGAGUCAUUUAAAACGAUCUAUCACAUCUAUAUAUUAGCUAGUUACAAUCUAACUGUAAGAAAAAAGUACUUUUAUAUAUAUGUAUCGAGUACAUAUGCAUAUAUAUAUAUAUUUUUGUAAACUAGAUUUAGGCAUAUAUAUCUGUAUAUCUAUAUAUAUGUAUAGGCGUAUACGAAACGUUUCACAGAAAUUUCAAUCGGCUGGCUAUUAGAAUUUUAAGCACCUUUUCGACUUGGAUAAAGUCCACGUUGUUCAAGUCAACUCAAUGUUAGUUAGGUAUACUCAACAAAUAAAGCUUAUGUUAUGUAUGUAAACAACAAAAUCAAAUUAAAU